GCUACAUACUUGAGGAGUGAAAUAACACAGAGCUCUGCAGGCUCAGUCUCUUUUAGGAAGGCGUUCCAACCAGAGCAGCCGUUCUCUGCCACAUUAAUAUCCAUCUUGCUUGAUGAGGCGCAAUUGCACAGACGGGAUGCCUCGCGGAGACUUCAACAUUUACUUUGCCAGCGGCAGAAGAGGAUUUGUCAGAGCUGAGGAGGCUGUAGGCAUUGCUCUGCUGGUGGUCAUCCUCGCAGCUCUCCUCAUCCUGGGCUGCUGGUACUUCAAGAAGAGGAGCGGCUACAGACUAAUCAGGAGCCCCAGAUCAGGUUCACCAAGUUACACAGGAGGCCAGUACUCCGAGGCAGGACCUUCAGCAGACAACAAGAUGGCUCUCACUGACUUUGGCAGCUUUCAAUCUGUGAUUCCGAACGCUCCUCCAGCCUAUGAAAAGAUUUCCUCAGGACCACUGCCUCCUCCUUACUCCCCUUGAAGAACUUCUCCAGAAGAAGGAUCGUUGUCUAAAACAAAAAGAAAGGAAGAUACUGGAAAACAAACUUGAUUUGCUGCCUGAUGAUAUGUAAUCUGAUGUCACCGUCAUUAUGGUUCCCAAUGCUUUGUAGUUAAAUAUACCAAUAGGUGAAACUACUGUAUCACUCACUUUGUAAAAUUAUUUACCUGAAUAAACACGAUUUAUAUUC